UCAUUUGUCAAGCGGUUAAGCCAAACAAUCAACUCCAAAAUGAAAAUCUUCAUCGCAUUGCUCAUCGCUUUCCUGGCCGUUGCUGCUCAAGGAUCUUAUCUUCCCGCUGCCACCACUACAGUCGUAGCUGCCGGUCCCAUUGGAGCUUGGCCCUACUCGACUGCAUGGAACUCGUGGAACGGCUGGAACAAGUGGAAUGACUACCAGCCUCAUUAUCUGCAGCACGGAUUGGUCGCUUAUCCAUCGUACGUCCAGGAUUGGUCUCCAGCUUAUGGUGUUUAUGGAGGUGGACACAAAACCGUCGUCCAGGCAAAUCUCGGUGGUCAUGCUGCUUCCUAUCCUUGGGGUCUUCCAUGGGGAUCGUACGGUGCCGGAUAUGCAGGAAACUUUGGAUGGGGUAGGAAGGUUGUUUAUUGAAUUCAUGAAGAUGAUGGAAUAAAGAAGUGAAUGAA